GUGAGUGCAAAAGCAUGAUACCACAAGGUCAACACCGUCUGAAAAGUCCCUCUCAUAAUGUUUGCUAAGUAAUCAGUCUGUGGAGCAGUCAUGGGCUCUGACGCGCAGAAGGAGAGACUCCGCGCGCUCUUCCACGCCUGUGAUGUGGAUCACUCCGGACGCAUCGAGAAAUGGGAGUUCGUCAGAAUAUGCUCCGAGCUGCGCGUGCGAUCCACUGAGAUAGACGCGCUCUUCGCCAGACUUGACACCGACAAAGACGGCACGAUCAUUCUGGAGGAGUUCAUGGAUGGGUUUCAGGAGUCACACUUGUUGAAGAACGAGGAGAUGAGCAGCGAACACACCGGGGAGAGUUUCUCUGCCGCCUGGGAGGAUUUUAAAUCCCGCCUGGGGGAUCAGCUCAAAUUCAUCCCCAGGAUUGACCAGAUAUCAACUCUGUACCAGAACAUCAGUUUGACGGAGCCCAGAAUCGUCCCUCAGUAUGAAAGAGUUCUUCUCAGUUUCGUCAAAGAGAUCCGAAUACUGAACACAGAAAUGGAACAUCUGGCACUUGCUGUAAAGAGAGCUCAGGAUCAGACGGCUAUACAGCUGAAUGAGAUGGAGGAAGAGAUGGAUCACCGCAUCCACACUGCAGAGAGAAACACGCGUCUACAGGAGUCUAAAAAAGCAGAGGCGACUCUGAGCAGCAUGAAACACCAGUACGAGUCUCAGAUAUGUGAACUACAACAGAAGAUACAGACUCUGCAGAUGAUCGAAAACCAAAACAGGAGUAUCAGCCUCAAAGAGGAAAUUUCAGCACUGAAGCGGCAGAACAACGAGUUAUUACUGCAAAACCAGAAGUUGAAACAGGAGCUUUUGGAGUCCCAAACUAAUAUUGCGUUCUUGCAGAGUGAGCUGGACUCUCUCAAGAGUGAUCUCACAGACCAGAGCAUCAACUUUGAACGAGAUGAGGCUCUUAUGAAGUGUUUCUCUGAGGAGAGAGGUAGCCUGGAGAGACAGAUCGAGGUGCUUCAGGCAGCAAACAGAAAGCUCCAUGACAGUAAUGACAGUCUGCGUGCGGCGCUGGAGAGCAGUCAGAGCAAGAGUAAGACUCAGCGGGUUAGUGGGAUCUCACCAGCAGUUUACAUGAGCACCAGAAAGAAUGUCUGUUCCUCUUAUUUUGAUCGGUACUGUAACACAUGUGUGGACGAGGACUUUGAUCAGUUUGGGCUGAUGGAGGGUCUGCGCAGACCGAGCUGUGAUUCUCUGGCUCUGGCCCUGUGCGACCCCAUGCGCAGACGCAGCUGUGAGGAAGACAGUCUUCCCGACAGCUGCGUGGACAGCGGCAUGUCUACCCUGCGCUCAAAUAACGGCUACGAUUACGAGCAUGAGAGAACGUCCUGUAUGCAAGCAGAGGACAGCAACACCACUGUGUCUGGAGACACUUCGGAUACAGAGGUUCUGGAAGUGCGAGAAGAGGCUGUGAUUGGGUCAGACAGCGAAUCCAUUCUGAGCUGGACUCCAUCACAACCUGCUCAGAAAAGCGAUGUUACUGCAUCAGGCAAGAAAUGUCUCUCUGCCAUUAUCACAGAGAGAGAGCAGGAUGUGUUGGCGGUGACUCAGCCUCCAUCGGAGAAAGCUUACAGGAUUGUGCUGGCGGGAGACGCUGCGGUGGGAAAGUCUAGCUUCCUCCUUCGCCUCUGUAAGAACGAGUUCAAAGGCAACACUAGCGCCACACUGGGGGUUGAUUUCCAGAUGAAAACCUUGGUGGUGGACGGUGUUCCAACAGUGCUGCAGUUAUGGGACACAGCUGGACAGGAGAGGUUUCGGAGCAUUGCUAAGUCUUACUUCAGGAGGGCCGAUGGAGUUCUCCUACUCUAUGACGUCACGUGUGAGAAGAGCUUUCUGAAUGUGCGUGAAUGGGUCGAUAUCAUUGAGGAUGUGUCCCAGGAUGACAUUCCCAUCAUGCUUGUGGGGAACAAGACAGAUCUGAGGAAGGAAGCUCUUCUGGAUGGAGUAACUUGUAUUCCAACCAGCUACGGAGAAAAACUGGCCAUGACAUACAGUGCCUUAUUCUGUGAGACGAGUGCAAAGGAUGGAUCCAACAUAAUUGAGGCUGUUCUUCAUUUAGCCCGAGAGGUGACGAAGCACGCUGAUGAGUACAAGGAGCCCGUAUCAGUGGCCAAACUGUCUGGAAAUCACAGCAAAAAGAUGUCCAACCCUAACUGCUGCAUGGGCUGAUGAGUGUUGACGUCACAUGACCACGCAAGGCUUAACACACAGCCAAAUAUUAACCAUUCAUCUAUUUAUUUGGGAAAUACCAUUUAGCGAUUAUCUGAGUCAUUCAUUUGAGUGUGCGAAGUCUCUGAUUUUGUAUUUUUAAAUGAUGAGUCACUUGUUGAAGCAGAUCACCGUGUGUCAUACGUUGCUUUUAACAGCCCUCAAUUUAACAGCUUCUGUAUUACAGCCGAUUAGUAGUAGCAUAUGUAGUGA